CCAAGCUAACCCUGAUGACAUCACCAUUGUGACUCUCUUCAGGCUAAUGUUUCAACCAGACUAAGAGAAGCGUCAACAUCUCCAACAACUGCCUGCUUAGGGUGGCUCCAUCAUCUUGUCAGGCCUUGGCCAUGCCUCCCCUCCCUGCCCCCCUCUUUCUGACACUGCUACAAUUUGUAGUACUUACUUGUGUGAGUGGUGGGGCAUACUACGCACACAAGCAACACCCUCAGCAAUACCAGCCAGUACAACAAUUCCAACACAUGGGGAUGGGCAAAGAUGGCUUUACCCAGCAACAGUACCAUGGCAAAGAAGUGCCCUAUAUGCAGUAUCCCCAUUAUAGAAAGGAGCUACCCCAGAUGCCCAUGCACAAGGGCAAAGAAAAUGCUCGUAAAGGGGCCGGAUAUAAUGGUGGUCAAGACAAAGGUCAGACAAUCCCCAGUGGAGCUGAGGGAAUUCCUCAAGGGGAACCAGGCCCAGCUGGGCCACCUGGACCAGAGGGACCUCCAGGACCUCCUGGACCUCCAGGAAAUGGACAGCCAGGACCCAUGGGACGACCUGGACCUCCUGGUCCACCGGGAGUGCCUGCUGUGGGGAAACCAGGUUUGCCAGGACUGCCAGGCGAGGCAGGAGGAAAUGGUGAGGCAGGGCCACAAGGAAAAAUGGGCCCAAGGGGUGAGGAAGGGCCAUCUGGACAGCCAGGACCUCAAGGUCCCCCAGGACCACCUGGGCUACCAGGAAUAGGUAAACCAGGGGUGCAGGGUUUACCAGGCCAACCAGGGCCAAAAGGAGAGCCAGGUCACAAAGGUCUGCCGGGACUACCAGGAUUACCAGGACCCAAAGGAGAUAAAGGGAUGGGUCAGCCAGGACAACCUGGUCACAAAGGGCUCCCAGGGCCCCCAGGACCAGCUGGUCCAAGAGGACUGCCUGGUUUUGGAAAACCUGGAUUGAAUGGGGCACCAGGCCCACAUGGGCCACCAGGAGAGAAAGGUCAUCCUGGAGAGCAAGGGCCAGCUGGGGCACCUGGUGAAGGAGGACAGCCUGGUCCACCAGGACUACCUGGUCAAGGAAAGCCAGGUCAAAACGGUCUGCCAGGACAGCCAGGCAUGCCAGGUGCAAAAGGUCAUCCAGGACCACCAGGUUUGCCAGGAAAGCCAGGACUGCCUGGAUUUGGUAAACCAGGACUCCCAGGACCAAAGGGUGAUAAAGGUAUGGGUGGGCCACCUGGACCUCCAGGACCAAAAGGAGAUAAGGGCCAUGGAGGACUUCCUGGUAUGCUUGGACCCCCUGGACCAAAUGGUACACCAGGUCCUCCAGGGCCUAUGGGAGCCCCAGGAGGUUUAGGUGCACCUGGCCCCAAAGGAGACUGUGGAGAAGGAGGGCCUAAAGGGCUUGAUGGAGCCAAGGGUGAUGCAGGUCCUCCUGGGAUACCUGGUAAGGAUGGUCUGCCUGGAGACCGUGGAGAGCCAGGGCCAAGAGGUCCUCCAGGACCAAGUGGUGCCAAAGGAGAUGGUGGGCAUAAAGGUCUACCUGGUACCCCUGGUCCUCCAGGACUUCCAGGGCCAAAAGGACAAGGUGGAUUGCCUGGUAAUGUUGGACCUCAAGGUCCUAAAGGAAUUCCAGGAAUGGAUGGCACAGCAGGACCAUUUGGGCCUCCUGGUCUUCCUGGGCCAAAAGGAGAUAGUGGUCCACCUGGUCUGCCAGGUAUUACAGGUGAGGGCAAUCCUGGUCUUCCUGGUCCUAUAGGACCACCAGGAAAAGAGGGCGUAUCAGGACCCCCAGGGCAAGCAGGUCAGCCUGGACCACCUGGCCAACCUGGCCCACCUGGAUCACCCGGUCUGUCUCCUGAUAUGGCUGGAGUACUCUCUGAAAUGGGUCCUGGACUAGAUGGUAUUAAGGCUGGUAGUUAUGGUAAGAAGGGCAAGUAUGGAGGCAAUGAUGCAGAAGUAAUGGGUGCCAAUGGAUUGGAAAUGCCAGCAUUCACAGCUGUAGCAACAACUCCCUUUCCACCUGUGGGCACUCCAGUUGUCUUUGACAAGCUCUUGUACAACGGUCGCCAAAACUACAACCCCCAGACAGGAAUUUUUACCUGUGACAUGCCUGGAAUUUAUUACUUUGCCUACCACAUCCACUGCAAAGGAGCUAAUGUUUGGGUGGGUUUGAUGAGGAACAAUGAGCCAGUGAUGUAUACAUAUGAUGAAUACAAAAAGGGUUUUCUAGACCAAGCGUCAGGGAGUGCGGUAUUACCUCUACAACCUGGAGACACUGUGUACCUUCAGCUGCCCUCAGAUCAAGCCUCAGGACUUUAUGCUGGGCAGUACGUGCACUCCUCCUUUUCCGGGUACUUGUUGUAUCCAAUGUAAAACCACAAACUGCAGGGAGAGAGAGGCUUCAGUGAGAACAAAAUGGGAGCAUAUUUUUGUAUAAUAUAAAAUAUGAUCAUAAGUUACCUUAGACUGAGCAGUCUUUUUUAAUGGAAAGUCAAUCAGUCAUCACCAGAGAAGAGAGGACAAGAUAAAAUAUUUCAAGGAAAAUAUCAAGUAUGACGGUCUGUAUGUACAGCAGUUUUUAUACUGUAAACCCUUAUAGCUGUUUAAUUGGGAGAGUAAAGAUUUAUUAUUUUACAGCAUGGAGAAAAAGACAUUCAAAGAACACCUAAAGAUAGCUCCAGAUGUAUUUUCAUACAUAAGAGUGAAAAAAACUUAAGAGUUUAAUUUGUUAUCAGGUGCAAACACAUGAAGGGAAUGUGUGAAGUGUAUACAAAAGAAGAUAAAAAAUAAACCAUACAAUUCUAGUUAGGCUGUUGCAACAGUGUCAAACGUUGUCCCUGGACCUCUUCAAAACUGGCAGCUACCCCAUGUGCUAAGAAUGUGAAAUACGGUAGAAAACAUCAAGACAUUCUGGUAGGAAAUUUUUAUUUUUGCAUGCAUACCUUUGUAUAAAUAUAGUCUAUAUCUCUCAAUUGAUAACAGCAAAUAUGUAAAAUGACAAGAGAGAAUGACAAUGCAGAUCAUUAACAGGUCUACAUGGCAGCAGUUUGUAUGUGUUUGUGAGGUAAACACAUUUCUGGUUCUGUGACCUGCAAAUGACUGAGUUUUGGAGAAAGGUUAAUUGUAUACACUCUAAUUCAGAUUUUUAAAGGAUCCAUCUUCCAAGCUCCCCAUUGGAUUACCAAAAAAAAUUAAACUUACAAAAUAUGGGUGGGAGCAACCUAAAUAGCUUUCACUUAAGGUGUGUUACAUACAACAGGGGCAACUGUUAUUGGUGAUUCACUAAUAAUGGUAAUUAAUGUGCUCACUUGAGGGAGCACAGAAAAAAUAAGAUCAAAAUUAAGUAAUCACACAUGAAAUGUUACCAAAGCAAGUGUGUUGCUGACUGACAAUUGCUCCCAUGAGUGAGAAUCAAAGAGUAAGAAUGUAUUAUUCAUUUUAUGUUUUAAUGUUUGCAUAUAGGUUUAUGGGUGUAGUGCUGUAUAGAAACUUUUAUGCUAAAACUCAAUGGUCAAACAAACACACUAUUAUCCCCUGAACUAUGAAAACCACUCCUUUCACUAAAUUUAACACCACAAUAUACAGUUAAUACAAUACAUUACAGCAUUUCUGUGUCACUAACCAAGCCGUAGUAUUAUACAGGUGUAGGUGACAGAUGCUGAUCUGUGAACAUGAACAAUUGUACAAUUAUUACUACAAUGAAAUGUUAUGUACAGUGACUCUGCAUUUGAUUAGCUUCUUUUCAAAGCAACUUGUCACCUGGCUGAUGUAAUUUAAGAUUCAACUGUUAAUAUUCUGUAACUUGUUUGUAAACGUUGAUUUCAAAUUAGAAAAACAUCAUACAUAAUCAUUUUGUAGUUGUAAUGGCAGUGUAAUACUGUAAGGAAGUGUCAUAUGUGAAGGAUUAUACUUUUGAAAUUAAACUCUUAAACAGUGGGACUUGGUAUUUAACUAGUUCCUCUUGUAUGAUUUGUUUAGAGGUGAGAUAACUAAAUUAGGUUCCAUAGUAUCCAUUGUGCACUUCAUUCAGUAUGUCUUGCUGCCAGGUUUGUGGAGAACACAUAUAAAAUUGCCUUACAAUGAAUAGACUCAAAGAAGGUGUUCAAUGUUUCAGCAAUUCUUAAUAACAAUUAUGUCAAUAAUUUAUUAUUUUAUCUGCUGAUCACUUACAUGCUUUGAAAUGAACAUCAAGCACACAUAGUUUUAAAGGAAAAACAAAUAUUUCUCUAUUUAACCGUGGUGCUAAUAUUUUCAGUGUAACCAAUGAAUUUAUGUCUUAAUGUUUCAUGUUUGUUAUUAUUGUCUAUGUUGUUUUUUCUAAAUAAAAAUUGUUUAAUUAAAAAGAAA